AUGUCGGCUACUGCCCUUUUUGUAAAGGCCACUGAGGAAAUGGCCAUGGGAUCCUUUUUAACCAUCUUUGUGGAACGUGCAGUUGAACUCCUAAUUCUCAUCAUAACAUCUUUUAGUUCAGAGGUCAAAACCUCUGUCAUGGUCCAAAGGAACUCACCUCCAGAUGAUAAUGUGGAGAAACUGCCUAGAGACAUCCAACAAUCAGCACCAGAAAGGAAAAACAAUAUUGACAAUCAGAUGGUUGUUGGUAUGCCACCCAGCGAGUCUGUCCCUACGCCCGCAGUGCACUGCAGCCCUCAGAGCGGCACCUCCUCCGUCCCCGGGCGAGCGCGGGGGCUGGGGGAGGAAGGCUGCGCCCUAGAGCUCCUCGCCUCUGCCCGUUCCUCCCCCAGGACCCCCGCUCUCCGGCCUCAGGGACCAGGGAAAGAGACAGCGAGUCCCGAUGACAUCUUCCUCCGUCAAAACAAGCUGGCUGUCCCCCGAGGACUUGUGAGUGUGUUUCCCAGUCUCAGGUCUGUAUCAGCGGAAGAUGGUGUUCAUACCCAGUCAUGGAAUCAGUCCCUGAGCCAUCAUAGCCUCAGAAGGAGGGCGAUGGAGGAGCAGGAAGCUAGGAGGCAUAGAAGUGGGACACCGGGCGGAGCCGCAUUUGCUGUUUUGGGGAGGAUCCGCGUCCCUUCGCCGCUGAGCUGAGCUGCACUGCGCCCCUGUGGCCGCCCGCCGC